AUGUUGUUUUGUUUGCUACAGUUCAAAGCAUCAGUUGGUACGAUACGAACGAACACUCUAUACGACUUUCGGCUUACUUUCAUAAAGCUCGAGCUAUACCAAUCUACUAACGAAGAGCUCGUCUUAAACAACACAAGAGAAGCGUUUAUAUCAUCGCAACAUCUUCGGUUCCAAACCAAACCGCUCACAGUGUCCAGUGACCGCAUUAAAUACACGAUACUUAGAGCUCCCAAAUAUGGUAUCCUUCAUCUUUCAUCGGGAAAACAUCAUCUACAAAUCCACAGCACGUUUACACAACACCACAUCGACACAGAUCAGCUUUGGUAUAGAUUACACAGGAGAGCUUACUCGCAUAUACAAGAUGAGUUCUUAUUCGUAGUGAGUGCAGCAGAAUGCGAUAACAUAACGGGAGUCAUGACCAUCAGACACGUCCCCGGUUCUGUGACCACUGAUCGUACUUCUGGACGUGUUCACACCACGUUAGAACGGUUACAAGUCAUGGAAGGCUCUAGAAUGGUGAUACCGGCUACCCAUCUGAACUUCCGCACCGAUUCGGUGACAAAUCUGGUGUUCAAUAUAACGCAUUUGCCGAAACACGGUAUAAUUGAAGUGAUAAAUGAGAAUUUGAAAAUAGCUCGAUACAACACCACUUAUUUUACACUGCAAGAGUUGAAUUCGGAUAGAGUUUAUUACGCGCAUGACGAUUCAGAGAGUAGACAUGAUUCGUUUCACUUCAUGGCGUUGAGUCCGGAGCCGGAAGAUUUUCAAUACGUGGGUGUGUUUCAUAUCGAUAUCAUACUGAAGAAUGACAAUAGCCCGGUGCGGGUGAACGAAAACAUAUUUCACAUAGUACACGGUGGCGCGAGACUCAUUACAGCUCGCGACUUGAGUUAUACUGAUGCUGAUUUGGACACGAAACCCUCGGACAUUAUUUAUAAAAUACGAAGAUACACGGAAGACCCACCAAAUGGAGGAAUAUUCCGUGCUGACAAUCCUGCCGAGCAAAUAACCCAAUUUUCACAGGACGAUAUCAAUAAAAACUUGGUUUUGUUUAAACAUCAAGGUAAAGAGUACGGCAAGAUAGCUUUCUGGAUAUCGGACGGUGUGUUCGAUGUGAACGGUAACCUGGAAAUACAGGCGUCGCCGCCGUUUAUUCGAAUGUAUCCGACCAACGGAUCUAUAGUGGAGAACGGGAAGGCCGUUGUUAUUACUGCGAGAGACAUGCAGGUGGACACGAACAUGAAUUGUUUGGAGGAGGACAUACGUUAUGAGGUGAAGUUGGAGCCUAAGCACGGAUGUAUAGAGGUGGGGGAAGGGAUGGGGUUGGGGAUGGGUGAAGGGCGGGGAACAUACACGUUCACGCAGCUGGACGUGGCCGCUGGCCGGCUUACAUACAAGCACACCCAUCCGGGCACACACGUCGACCAGUUUAGGUUUAAAGUGAUGUGCUUGGAAACAUGGGGCGAGGGCACCUAUCCCAUCAAGAUCUACCCGUCCAGUUACUGGGAGCCUCUUCGUGUGACCACAAACCGACCGCUACUAGUGGAGGAGUCGACCAGCGUCAAUAUCACUAAAGAUGUAUUAGAGGUGAUGCAUCCCGAAAUCGAACCAUCGAAUAUUGUGUACAAAGUGACAGAGGGUCCCUACCACGGAUGGUUAGAGAUUUCAUCUACGCCGGGCACAGUAGAACUGGAGAACUACAACGAGGAGCCAAUACACACUAAAGUCUUUGACCAGUCAAUAAUCAAUGUAAACAGAUUGGUCUACGUACAGUCCGGAGUGAACAAAACUAGUGAUAGAAUCAAAAUGGACGUCACCAACGGUAUAGUGUGGCUGAGAGGCUUAGAACUAAACGUCAUUAUAAUACCUGAACAUUUCUACGUGAUCGCUACUAAUUUGACGGUAGUUGAGGGUGAAGCGAUUAGUUUGAAGCCAGAUUUAUUCAGAACACUCACUGAGUACUACAGGGGUAAAGUGGUUAGUUACAAAGUGUUGGACAAACCUAAGUAUGGGAAGAUCAUCAUGAGCGACCAGGAGUUGACUCUGUUGCCCGUUUUGAAGCUCAAUUCUCGAAAUAUACAGUACGUAAACGAUGGUUCGGAGGAAUCAUACGACUCCCUGAGAGUGGUAGCCGUCACUGCAAGCGGUAAAGAGAGUGAGCCGUUUCAUAUUCACGUGAAUAUAGUACCAGUGAAUGAUGAGACGCCCAUAGUGGCCGCCAACACAGGCCUGUGCGUAUGGGAAGGGGGCACCUUCACUUUCACUAGAAAUGAACUAUAUGUGAACGAUGUGGACACACCAUUAGAGAAUGUGACAAUAGUGGUGGUGGACAUAGUGUCCGGGUACAUAUCCCUGCGCGGUGAUCUCGACACGCCGGUGCAGCGAUUCACGCAGGCCGACAUAGACAAUGGGAAGGUCAUAUUCGUGCACAAGAAUGGCACAAAAGGUAAAAUGAUAUUCAACGUCACCGACGGCUUGCACGAGUUAUCUAAAAUAACAUUCCUCAUAACCACUAAAUCGGUAUCUCUAAAACUUGUUAGGAAACAAACACUUCGCGUGUUCCCUCUGAUGAGAGAGCCUCUCAACAACUACUUCCUUAUGUCCAAAUGCUCGGAUCCAACCAGAACUAUCGUUUAUAAGGUGGAGAGAGCUCCCACCCUCGGAAGGCUUAUCAUGUUGAACGGAGACAACCAUCACAGGUCCAUAAAGCAGUUCUCUCAGAAGGAUAUCAACGAAACGAUCGUUUAUUAUGAGCAUACGCAUCCGUUUUCCGAUCUUUACACGAACGACUCUUUUAUAUUCACCGUGGAAGCGGCUUUGGCUAAGCCGAUCACUGACCAGAUAUUCAAUAUCGACGUAUCCGUGUCCUCCGGGGGACUAGCGAGGUACGUUUACAUUCCGCAGAUAAACGUCCAAGAGGGGGAUAAAGUACCGAUCGUAGUGAACGUCACCAACGUUAUAACAUAUCUAGAAACUCAGGCAGGGUUGAGACAACCUCAAAUCGAAGCGCAGUGGUCGCAGCCCUCGCACGGGGAAUUGCAGCCUCCAAUGUCAUCGUUGACACAGUCGCAAUUGGAAGGUGGAGUUGUCAAUUACGAACACGACGAUACAGAUACAAUACAGGACAAAAUCGACAUGGCCCUGUACUUGUUGCCAGAUUACGUUUUACUCUGUAACGUUACGAUCCCGAUCAAUAUAAUACCGGUGAACGAUCAACCUUUUAGACUACUGACCGACACACCGCAGAUACAAGUAGUGCAAGGUGAAAAUUAUACUAUAACUAAGAACGAUCUACUGACUGAGGAUGGGGACACGGCGCCGGCCGACAUACUCUAUGAUAUAAUCAGUGGACCGACGCAAGGUCGGAUUGUGAUGAUAGAUAAAAAUCAAACCAUAGAUGAAGCCCAGUCUAUAAACAAGUUCACCCAGGACGAUAUCAACAACGGCCGCGUUAUAUACGAACAUUCGGGUGUACUACAGACAGCAACGUUUUACUUUCGUGUUUGGGAUGGACAGUUCAAACCUAUUUACAAGGUUUUCACAAUAGAUAUUCUUCCGGUUAUAUUGAAUGCAACUUCUAUGCACCCUAUAAGCCUUCAGCAGGGUUCUAACGUGGCGACCGUAACGUCCGACCAGAUUUACGUCGAAACUAAUGCGAAAAAAGCGAAAGUAUGGUACAACAUUACACGACCGCCAAUGCACGGAGUGAUUAAAGUUGGCAGUAAUGAGGUCACAUACUUUUCUAAUAAAGAUUUAGUCGAUAAAGUAGUGAUUUAUAUGCAGAACGAUAUGACUACAGCUAAUGACAGUUUUGAUCUUGUAGCGUACGUCCAUAACAGUAAUGCGACGCGACCUUUUACUAUACAAGUGUUCGUGGUGCCACUCAUGAGGCUUUUAGGUGAUCUGAAAGUGGAAUCUGAAAAAACAAAAAUCACUCUUAACGUAAUGGACGCUUCUGGUCUAGCAAAUUUAACGGCGAGCGAUCCUGUAUACACUAUCUUAAGGAAACCAAGACACGGUGUUAUAAAGAAAAUAAUUAGGAGUUCCGGCGAGAAGACGAGUGCGAGAGAGAGGGAUAUAGCUUAUUUCACACACGAGGAUAUAAAAGCGGGUGUUAUAUAUUAUGUAACAAAAAAGAAAUUGAACGAUUUGAAUGGUAUAGAAGAUAGUUUUCGUUUCUUGCUGGCUGCUACUAUGUUGCAGCCGGCAGCCGGAGAUAUUAAAAUCUUUAUAGGAAAUAGGCAAAAGAAAAAUUUGCCGGGACCUAAUGAUCCCGAAUAUCACGAGGGUGUUUUGGUAUCUAACGGUGAGACGGCAUCGUACUACAUGAUGAUACUGAUGGCGUUGUCUGGGACAGUACUGGCGAUAGUGUUUGUGUUCGCGUUGUUAAAGUGCCGCCGGUACUUGUUGCGCGACCAGAACGCGCUCGCUAAAAUACACGGGCAGAGUCAGGGCGCGGUCGCUCCUAUACCGCUGCCCAGGCCGCCGGAUCAUCUGAUGCCCUCACCGUCGCAAGGCACGCCGCCUAUCAAGAGGUAUGUGUCAUCGGAGCAGUCUGUCCACACUGGCGGCAGUACUCCACUGCCGUCCGGUGGCAGCGUGGCGUGCAAGGUGACGCCACUUGCUGACCAGGCGCUGGCAGAUCUCAACGCGAGGUAUCCGUACGGCGCCGACGAUCACACGGACGCAGAAGACUGGAGCAGUUACGAGGCGAGCGAGUGCGCUUACCCUGUGCGCGGCGGUGGUGGGGGCGGAGGUGGUGGUGGGGGUGCGCCAGCCAACCCCAUGCUGCGUCGCAACCAGUACUGGGUCUGA